ACUACUAUAUAUUCAAAUAUAUAAAAAAUCAUUUAUUGAGCAUGUUUGUGAAACAUGUGUGACAGGGAGUAUUUCUGGCUAAUGAUUGUACCAGGACAAACUACACUGCUGACUGCAUGCAAAGUCAAGGUUCCUGAAGUGGGCAGCCAUCCAAGUGAAGAUGUUACACACAUACACCUGGCUGAUAACACAGCUCUGAUCAGUUCUCUGGGUCUUACUAAGUCCAUGUGGGAUUUAUCUGCUCACACUUAAUACUUUGUGUCAGACCUAAGCUGCAGAUUGUGCUUUCUCUCUCAUUCAUCCACACUGUAACCCACUUGCAUGGCAGGGUACCUAGACUAUUUAACACAGCAUUGACACGUUAUAUUUCUUUGUAACAUUUUAUUGGAACCAAAUGCCUCUUAGCCGGUCCCUCUCUGUUACAUCUCUGAAUGGCCUUCCUCAGUGGGAAGAUGAAGACUUGCCGGUGGAAGAUCUGUUACUAUUUGAGGUAGCCUGGGAAGUUACUAAUAAAGGUUUUUAUGUGUAUUUUGGCAAGUGGUUAAUAGAAGGAAGCCCCUCUGUGGUGCUCUUCGAUAUCGGUUCAGCCGCGUGGAACCUGGACAGGUGGAAAGGAGAAUUCUGGGAAGCCUGUAAUGUUGGGAUCCCAUACAAUGACCGAGAAGCAAAUGAUGCUCUGAUAUUUGGAUCCCUGACUUCAUGGUUUCUAAAAGAGCUGGCUGACCAGUUCCAGGACAAGCCCAAUAUCAUUGCUCAUUUCCAUGAAUGGCAGGCUGGAGUAGGACUGAUUCUGACACGGUAUCGGACGCUUCCUGUGGCCACAAUAUUUACCACUCACGCCACACUGCUAGGGCGCUACCUGUGUGCGGCCAGUGUGGAUUUCUACAACAAGCUUGAUAAGUUUGACAUUGACAGAGAAGCUGGAGAGCGACAGAUUUACCAUCGUUACUGCAUGGAGCGUGCGUCAGUGCACUGCGCACACGUGUUCACCACUGUGUCCCAGAUCACCGGCAUUGAAGCUGAACAUAUGCUGAAAAGGAAGGCAGAUGUCAUUACUCCAAAUGGCUUGAAUAUAAAGAAAUUCUCUGCAAUGCAUGAAUUCCAGAAUCUGCAUGCAAUGUAUAAGGCUAGAAUCCAGGAAUUCAUUCGCGGACACUUCUAUGGGCACCUUGACUUUAACUUAGAAAAAACUCUAUUUUUCUUCAUCGCUGGAAGAUACGAGUACUCAAACAAAGGAGCGGAUAUUUUCUUGGAAGCCUUGUCCAGAUUAAACUUCCUGCUCAGGGUUCACAGAAGUGACAUCACUGUCGUGGUCUUUUUCAUAAUGCCAACAAGCACUAACAACUUCAACGUAGAGACCCUUAAGGGACAAGCAGUAAGGAAACAACUCUGGGACAUUGCACACUCUGUCAAAGAGAAGUUUGGGAAGAAGCUGUAUGAGGCGCUGCUGAA